AUGCCACUGUACCACGUACCACAUUCCACUGUACCACAUUCCACAGUACCACUGUACCACUGCACCACUGUACCACUGUACCAUGCACCACAUACCAAUGUACCACUGUACCACAUACCACUGUACCAUGUACCACUGUACCACGGACCACAGUACCAUGUACCACAGUACCACAUACCACUGUACCACGUACCACUGUACCACGUACCACUGUACCAAGUACCAUGGUACCACAUACCACUGUACCACAUACCACUGUACCACAUUCCACUGUACCACAUACCACGUACUAUUACACCACUGUACCAUGUACCACUGUACCACGUACCACUGUACCACGUACCACUGUACCACUGUACCACAUUCCACUGUACCACGUACCAUGGCACGACGGCAGGGAGUGUGAGCGACUGGCGAGUGCGCGAGCGGACCUCGGCGGUUCCAGGCACUCAGCCGAGGCGAGCGGCGACGCCACAGCUGCUGCUGCUGCUGACGAGUCGGUGA